GUGAGAUUCGCCCGCCUCAUAUUUCGUUCUCCCCUUACUCAAUCGACUUGACGUUAGACAAAUAUUAUCAAAACAAACUCACCGGAAGAAUUUUAUUGUUGCGAUCCAGUUUAAAAUUUCAACAAUGAGCUCCCUACGGAAAGAGGCUCUAAAAUGGUACAAAACUCUGCAACGCACAAAGAACCAAGUUUUCAAAGGAGAUCAGCGAACCAUUGAAGCCGCGCGGCAGCGUAUUCGCGAGGAGUUUAUAAAAAAUAAGGAUCUGUCGAGUGAAAAAGACAUUCAAGAGAAAAUCAAAAUUGCCAAAGACGUGGAUGUAGAACUGCGCAGCACAGUGGUGCAAGCUGUGAGAGUAGACGAGAAUCGUUACCAAGCCCGUAUUACAAAGGAUACUAAAAAGCUGGAAAAUGUAAUGUUUGAUCCCAACGCAGAGCUUCCACCUCCGAGAAGUAGAAAGUGUAGCGAUAAAGGAAAGAGAACCUGAAAUGAGUCUAGUCAAAAUUGUAUGUAAAUAAAUUAAGUAGUUUGUUAUACAAA